CACAUUCAAGCAAACUGUCCUGACUGCAACAGGCUGUGGUGGCUCCUGGUGUGCGUGUCUAUGCCUGAACCCCAUAUUCUUCCCAUGGAGGGGUAUUUUAGGAGCAAGACGUCUUUGGCACACCAAAGGUGAUAAGCUGAAGCUCUUCAGAGAAAGUGGGCAAACAGGAGACAGCUGCCGGUGAUGCCUCCUCUUGUACCCCACCGUUGGCAGGUCCAGCAGCAUCACAAGCUUGAGGAGGACUAUGCUCAUGGAGCAGAGGGGGUAGGAGACAUUGAGUCAGCAGCAGCAGACCAGUGGUAGCUGGUGCUACAGAUUCCACAACAUCAUCUGCCCCAAAGCUCCAUUUCGCCUCCUGCUGGACAUCACAAGAACUCUCUCCGUCAAGGGGCUGAUUCUUUCGGCGGCUCCAUGCACGAUUUCGGCUGAAACCAUGUCUGCUGGUCUGGGGCAGGCGAUCCACGAUGGCCCCGUGGUGGCCAGGAGCUGCCCUGCUUUCAACUAAAGCUCCACGGAAACUCGUGUUCCUCUUCACGCUGUCCCUGUCUGUCACUUACCUCUUCUACAGCCUGCUCAGCUGUUACAGUUCAUUGCAGUUCCCUCUGCAGGACACGGGGGUCUAUCUGCAGCCAGAACCUGGGAUUAGCCCAGAGGGGACAAUCAGAACAGCUUCUCAAAACCCUGAGACCCCCAGGAGAGAAAUUCUUUAUAUCCCCGAAGUUGAGACCCCACAAGGACCCAGAGAGAGGAAAGGUGGGGAUUCUAAAGUCAGCAGCAGGAGCAGCUCACCGGAGGUACCUUUGAAGUCCCAACCAGGAAUAGAAAGGAGUCGGGGGACCUUUGGUGGCUCCAGGGAUUUUGUGUCUUUGUCUACAGUAAGUGGAUCCAGCAGUUUUGAGUCCCCUCACUCGUCCUCAGUCGGCACAGAAGACACUAAGUUACAGUUGAGACCCUCGUUCAUUACUCCAACUUUUAGGAGGAUCAGCGAUGUGGUCCCUGAGUCUGGAAUCUUUGACUCAUCUGGACCUGAUCGGAGGACCAGGACUUCUGGCGCUGGAGCUGCAGCUUCUUCCUUAAAAUUAGGAUCCAGCACCUCGGAGAGCGCUUCAAACAUCUUCUCCACUACAGUGGGAGUCAGGACUCCCAUAACCUCCUUUAUAUCGAGAGCAGGUAAACCAGAUAAGGCUGCUACACUCCCAUCUUCCUUAGAGAUCAGGACCUCGGACAGCGCUCCCUUCCCCUCCAUAGCAGAGAGAUACAGCACCUCGGACAGCGCUCCCUUCCCCUCCAUAGCAGAGACAUCCAGCAGCUAUAAGAGAUCUCCCGUUCUCUCCAUAGCAGAUACAUUCAGUACCCCUGAGAGAGCUCCUGCCCUCUCCAUAACAGAGACAUUCAGCACUUCUGAAAGCCACCCUGUCCCCCUUGGAAAUCUGGGACCCAGCACCCCAGAUAGCAAUCCCAAACCCCCCAUUGCCUUUAAAUUAAACAGCUCAGAAAGCUCUCCCAUAACCAGCCUCUCUGUUCAUAUAAGAGCCCAUCCUUCAUCUCAUGGUCUAGCAACAGAGAAUCUGAUUAACCCCAGCGAGAUCCCCUCUGUGUCUGAUUACAAAUCCAGCAGCACUACAGAUCCAUCUCCUGCAACUUCACUAUACAACCCAACACGCCUGUGGCAGAGUUUUAGCAGGACUGACAGUAUAUCUCCUCCUGUACAAGACGGUAUAUUAUACCCUGAAGUCAGAGACUACAGUCGAAGUCCUACAAAAUCAUACUCUGGGAUAUCAAUAUCUACUUCAAAGGGGAACUCAGGAUACCUGGAGCCUCCAGGUAAUGAAAUUCAGCCAGGUAUGUCUAGGUGGGAUAGGACUCCUUUGGCUGCAACAGAAAUGAUUCCAGAAUCUCAAACUGGAUUUGGUGAGAGAGACCCUCAGGAAUCCAGCACAACCGAGGAGGACCUCAGUCGGAGGAACUUUGUCAACAGCACUGUUGAGUAUGGGGAGAAAAAACUGCCCCAGGCAAUUAUUAUUGGGGUGAAAAAAGGAGGCACCAGGGCUCUACUGGAAGCUCUUAGAGCCCACCCUGAUGUCAGGGCAGUUGGUGUAGAGCCUCAUUUUUUUGAUAGGAACUAUGAGAAAGGUCUGGAGUGGUACCGAGAUCUGAUGCCGAGGACGGUAGAAGGACAGAUCACCAUGGAGAAAACUCCCAGCUACUUUGUAACAAAUGAAGCACCACGGAGAAUCCAUUCCAUGGCCAAAGACACCAAGCUCAUAGUGGUGGUUCGGAACCCAGUGACACGUGCCAUAUCUGACUACACGCAAACCCUUUCCAAAAAACCUGAGAUUCCGACCUUUGAAGUUCUUGCUUUCAAAAACAGAACCCUGGGACUGAUCGAUGCCUCUUGGAGUGCAUUGAGAAUAGGCAUCUAUGCUUUACACUUAGAAAGUUGGAUGCAGUACUUUCCCCUUUCCCAAAUCCUUUUUGUGAGCGGAGAACGUCUCAUCAGCAACCCAGCCGAGGAACUGGCCAAAGUCCAAGAAUUUCUAGGGCUACGCAGAAUAAUUACAGACAAAUAUUUCUACUUCAAUAAAACCAAAGGCUUCCCAUGUCUGAAGAAGCCAGAAGACACAGGAGCUCCCAGGUGCCUGGGAAAAUCCAAGGGUCGAACUCAUCCAAAAAUUGACCCGGACGUCAUUCACCGCUUGAAGAAAUUUUACAAACCGUUCAAUGCUAUGUUCUACCAAAUGACAGGGGAGGAUUUCCAGUGGGAGAAAGAAGAAUUGGAAAGCUAGAUUAAGUUGAACACACAUUGGGAGGGGGGGGGGAACUUGUUUGAACAAUGCAGAGAGAACGCUGGUGACGAUCGCACAUAAUUAAAUAAAGCAGGUUUCUAGCUAUACAUCAUAUAUGAAUAUUGAUGACUAUACCAUUCAUAUAUAUGCAUAGUUUCAUAUAUUAUGGAGAUAAAUGCAUACUGAGUUACACCAUAUGGAUUAAAUUAAGAAAGCAAAUUGAAGUACUGCGUACAAGAACAAAGUCGUUCUAGGAAGUAUAGGAUAAUACAC